AUGGCCACACAGGUGAACGCCAGGGCGGGAUCAGUGCAUGGCAGAACUGGCCGUUGGGGUGGAAUUAAAGGAGAGCAAGUGCCACGAAAAUGUUCUGUCACUGUUCCUUUGAACGUGCAAUUAACAGGUUUGCCUGUUUGCCCAGAGCUGACUCGAGAGCACAUUCCUAAAACCAGGGAUGUGGGUCACUUUUUGUCUGUUACUGGGACUGUCAUACGUACCAGUUUGGUGAAAGUUUUGGAGUUUGAACGGAGUUAUAUCUGCAAUAAGUGCAAGCACGUGUUUGUCGUCAAGGCUGACUUUGAACAGUACUAUGCCUUCUGUCGUCCGUCAGCCUGUCUUAAUGAAGAAGGCUGCAACUCAACCAAGUUCACGUGUCUCUCUGGAACAACCUCUUCUACCUGCUGCAGAGACUACCAAGAAAUCAAAAUUCAGGAACAGGUUCAAAGACUGUCUGUUGGAAGCAUCCCUCGUUGCAUGGUGGUUGUUCUGGAAGAUGACUUAGUGGACAGUUGCAAGUCUGGAGAUGACAUCACAGUGUAUGGAGUGGUAAUGCAGAGGUGGAAACCUUUCCAUGAGGAUGCACGCUGUGACUUGCAGCUUGUUUUGAAGGCCAACUAUGUUAAAGUAAACAAUGAGCAGCUAGCAGGGGUUGUAAUUGAUGAAGAAGUCCGCAAGGAAUUUGAAGGCUUCUGGGAAAAGCACAGGAAUGAUCCUUUAGCAGGGAGGAAUGAAAUUUUGGCGAGCUUAUGUCCUCAAGUUUUUGGAUUGUACCUGGUGAAGUUGGCUGUAGCCAUGGUGCUUGCCGGUGGUGUACAGAGGACUGAUGCUACUGGAACUCGAAUCAGAGGUGAAUCUCAUCUUUUGUUGGUUGGAGACCCAGGUACGGGGAAAUCUCAGUUUCUCAAGUACGCAGUGAAGAUUAUGCCGCGGUCUGUGCUUACUGCAGGAAUUGGAUCUACAAGUGCAGGUUUGACAGUGACCGCUGUGAAGGACUUUGGGGAGUGGAACUUGGAAGCUGGAGCACUGGUGCUUGCAGAUGGAGGCCUUUGUUGCAUCGAUGAGUUCAAUAGUAUCAAAGAACACGACAGAACUAGUAUCCAUGAAGCAAUGGAGCAACAAACCAUCAGUGUUGCAAAGGCAGGCUUGGUGUGCAAGCUUAAUACAAGGACAACGAUCCUGGCAGCAACAAACCCAAAAGGCCAUUAUGACCCUAAUGAGUCUGUCUCUGUCAACAUAGCUCUUGGCAGUCCGCUGUUGAGCAGAUUUGACCUGGUUUUAGUAUUGUUAGAUACAAAGAACGAGGAAUGGGACCGCAUCAUUUCAUCCUUCAUCUUGCAAAAUAAAGAUUACCCAAGCAAGUCAGAAAAGCUCUGGAGCAUGGAAAAGAUGAAGACCUACUUCUGCCUUAUAAAAAGUAUACAGCCAAAAUUGUCUGAUGAGAGCAACCUGAUCCUUGCACGCUACUAUCAAAUGCAGCGUCAGAGUGACUGCAGAAAUGCUGCCCGAACUACUAUUCGCUUAUUAGAGAGUUUGAUUCGCCUUGCAGAAGCUCAUGCCCGAUUGAUGUUUAGGGAUACUGUGACUUUGGAAGAUGCUGUAACUGUGGUAUCGGUGAUGGAAUCUUCUAUGCAGGGGGGUGCACUUCUCGGAGGCAUCAAUGCCUUACACACCUCAUUUCCAGAAAAUCCAAUGGCGCAGUACCGAACACAGUGUGAACUCAUAUUGGAGCGACUGGAGCUGCAAGAUCUUCUGCACAAAGAGCUACAAAGACUCGACAGAUUACAAAAUGAAAAUUCAUGCCAGAUGCAGCCUGAAGAGACAAGUUUCAGUCCUACUACAAGAUGCUUGAACAAGGAUACAUUUGGGCAGUCAAAGCAAAUGUCUCAGUCAGAACCUUCAAAUCAACAAGAGAAUAACUCCAGGUCACAGCCUUCUCUGCCCAAAGGCAACUCUGAAGGCGAUGCACAUCCAGACCCCUUAUCCAACCCAGCACAUGGUAAUAACAAAAACACAAACCAGCUAAUUAAACAUAGUAAAAGAGGUGAUGAUGGCAGCCUAGCAUGGUUUGACAGCCUGGAAGACAGCAACACUGAUGCUGAAGAAAGUUUUCAGAAAAAGUCUCCAGCACCCAAGGUAUCUCCAAAUAACUUGGCUUCAAAAACCCUGCGUAAAACACCUUGUUCUGAAGGAAGAAGUGCUUCAAUAUCAAGGAAGGGAAAUGGAAUGAGAGAGUCACUAGCAGCUGCGAAUCUACAUGCUCCUUUGGAACAGGACAAAGCUUCCAAGAUAAGCAGGAAAAGGACUGAAGAACACAACUGUUUUUCUUCAGAAGCAAAUUUUCAAGACACAUCAUCACCAAGUGCUAAUGUGCAGGAUUCAGUUAUUAUGCAACGGGUUUCUAAAAGCUGGCAGAGACUGCACACGGAGAAAUCACAUGGAUUCUUUACAAGUACACAGGACCCUGAGGCAAAGGCCCUUCCUUCAGUAUUACCUGCGUCUGGCCUGCCAGAUCUCUCAAGUGAUGCAGAUUCUGUGCUAGGGGAGGAAAAGAACAGCACAUCUGUAGCAGCAAAAGCUGCGACAAUUUCAAUGAGAAAACGAAGUAAAGGUCAAGUAGUGAAGGAAACAAAGGUAGUAAGUUCCCAUGAGCCAGAAAUCCUUGACAGUGAAAGUCCUCCAGCAGCUAAACUAGCUAAAUUUUCUUUCAAACCAAGGACAAAACUUGAUCAUUCUUCAGAGAAGAAAAAUGAAGAAUUUUCUAUUUUUCAGAGUGAAACUGUUGUUAAGCCUGGAGAGCAGCUCCAGGGAGAGCAGCUGCCAGAAGAAUGCUGUCCCCCUGAGAAGUCCAAGGUGACAUUGACUCGCUUACGAAAAAGUAGUUUAGAAAAACGAUCAACAGGACGGGCAACAAUACGCUCUGAUGUCAGUUCUGAUGCCAUGUCAUCUCCACCCACUGAAAAGAAAAGGGAGGGAGAGGAGAAGCUUGGUGGCCCAAGCACAGGGAAGGUGCGCUCCAGCACAUUAGCCAAACUGUCAACAUUCUCCUUUGCAUCAUGUCCUGAGUCAAAAUUGGAAACCUCACCUACCAUUAAGAUUGACACUCAAAAGGAGAGCCAUAGCCCCCUGCUGAAGGUGCACGUGAGCAAUCCUAGCAGAAGGAAGAGUUUUGCGUUGGGAAAUGCCAGCAAAGCCAGCAUGGUCACACAGAAAUCUCUCUUCUCGAUAGCAGAGCUAGAUGAUGCUACAUUAGAUUUUGAUUGGGAUGAAGAAGUUAGGAAAAAUCCAAGCACGUAACCUGUAUCUUCCAAAUUACUUAGCAUACAGUUCUUCUGAAUCUCUAUCCUUCUAUCAAUUGUAUCCAUAG